AUGGCUAAACUUUGUGAUAAACAAAUAAGUAUCCUAAAAAAAUAUAUUAAUUUUGUUACUCCAAGUAUAACAAGAUGGAAUAGUCAUUUCAAAUAUUUUGAUAGUGUUUUUAAAAAUAAAUAUCCAUUAAAAACUCUUGUUACUAAAGAUGAUGUGGCCUUAGAUGAUGAUUUAAAACUUCUAACUGAAAUCAAAAUUGCUAUUAACUAUGAUUCUUUUUGGGAUUCUCUUACAAUAUUAUAUAAAUUACUUUGUCCUUUUUGUAGAGCUCUUGAUCUUAUGCAAUAUGAUAAAGCUCGUCUUCAUAAUGUUUUACAUACUUUUGAUUACUCUUUUUCUGCUUUAUCUUCCUCUGCUGCUCUAGUUUCUGCUAGUUUUUCACUAUCUAAUCAGGAUCUAGAAUUUGAAGAGACUAAUACAGAUGAUAUAAAUGAAGAAAUUACCUCAGAAAUUAAUUAG